AGAUCUUACCAUUUCAGUAUACACGUAAUUGCAAACUUUGUUCGAAUUUAAGAUAUCAUACAGAUGACACGGUGUUGUGUCUUUUUGAAAACACCUAGUAUACGAUUUUACGUAUUUGAUGUCUACAUGUUGAUAUCAUAUAGGCGACAGACGCCCUAAAGAUACAUUAGAGUCCGCGUAUUUAGUAUCACAAAAUAAAAACAUUUAAAUGUUAAAGUGUCUGUAAAUCAGUUUCACUAGAGCUGUGUUAAAGGUCACGACACGUCACAAAGGUAGCAAUAAUACCAAUCAAGGUGGACAUUUAAAUGGAUUAAACCAGAAGAGUGUUUUAUUUAUCGGAAUGUUAACGUUACGAUGUACAUGUAUAUAAGUUUCAGAAAUUUCCUUUUACUCCAGUUGUCUUGCAUUAUCCAUGUACAGUCGCAAUCUAAGGAUGAUUUCAUCGAUGCGUUUGACUGCUUUGGAUCUGUUGUGCGGGCAUACAAAACCUUUUCAAACGGCUGUGAUUGGAAUAUAGCUGCUUACUGCUCCAAAGGGGAAAUAACUUGCCACAGAUCUACAAAGAGUUGCACAUACUGGAGAAAAUAUAGGAGAGUCCAAGUUUCCUUCUCCUUAAAUUUAUCUUCAUCCAUUUUAAUAAAUAACAGCGAGGAACUGAUAAAAUUAUCAAAACGGUGCUACUGUGAGGAUUAUAUUAUCAACUGUUCUGUAAACAGUGAAAUUCUUAUAAAUAACCUAGUGCACGAUAACACUUGUGUUCUUAGUCCAAUGUUUACUGCGUCGACCAAAGCAGCCACAAGGAAAGUUACCACAACAACACUGGGUACCGACAUUACAACUUCAAGGGCGACAGAUUCUACAACCGAAUUAAAGCAAACACAAGAAAAUAAAAAUUCAACAUGUUCACCUAAUUAUAAACAAGAAUAUUUGAAAGCCUCUUCGGAAAACGAAACAGCAUAUGGUGCAAUAAUUGGAGCUUUACUCGGUGGCAUUGUAUUGGGAGCUGCUCUGGAAUUUCUCAUCACAACUUUAUUCAGAAGAGCACAAAUAAAAAAGGAAGGAAAAAAAGACAUAGGGGAGGUCAAGCUGACAAGUAAUCCAGCUUAUGACUGUAGUUCACUUAAAAUGUCUGUUGACAGAGAGUUUGACGAGAAAACAACGGGACAUUUGUAUACACAAAUUACACAAAACCAAAGUCAAAAGAAUUCUCUGCCCAAACAUGAAUAUGAAAAUACUGGACAGAGAAAGGUAAUGAUGGAAGAUGAAUUAUACAAUCACCUUAAUGUAAAAAAGGAAACAGAUAGAGUGGACUAUUAUGAUCACGCCAGUGUUGUUCCAAUAUCAACUCAUCAAGAAUCUUAUGACACUUUGAAGUUGAAUUCUAAUGAUUCCAAUACAUACACUGAAGUAGUGGGUGAAGGAUUCAAGAUCAAGGAAAACAAUCAGGACUUUAAAGAAAAGGAAUAUGUAGUUUUAGAAAAAUGA